AUGGCAGAGACAAGACCUCCCAUUCCAAACUCCUCUGCCCUUUUCUUGGCUGGAUGUGGUAUUCUAUCACUAGGGUAUACAAUCUGGAAACAGAUAAAUGAAGGCAAUAAUUUUGGACGACAGCGAAAGAAUGCGACAUCCUCCGCAUCACUUACUGCACACGAAUACUUGAUUGAAAUGGGAACCCCGCUCGUUCCCCUGCGGCAAAUUUCCAAAUUGGUCGGAAGAAAUAUCUACGUGAAAAUGGAGUCAUUGAACCCUGGAGGAACUGGAAAAGACAGGGCAGCAAUCAACAUGAUUCGAUCUGCAGAAAGGAACAAUCUAUUACCACAACCCAACGAUGCUGGAGAUUUGUUCCUGCUAACCACUCCCGCGGAAGCACCAGAGACACAAUCCGAAGUGGAUGGUACAGCCAGCAUGACUGGUGAUGACAAAAACGAUUCACAGAAGAGCAACCACCAAUCCCAGAGUAGUCAAAGUGCACCAUCACUCGAGUCCAUGAUUGUCCAGGCAAUGGCAAAAUCACGAACGGGUGGUCUGGUGGUGGAAGGAACUUCUGGAUCCACAGGAAUUGCCUUGGCCACCAUAUGCGCAGCUCGAGGUCACGCCUGCUUGGUGGUAUUACCCGACGAUCAAGCCCAAGAAAAGAAAGCCAUUCUUCAAUCUCUGGGUGCCAUAGUUUAUGAGGUACCUACUGCUUCUAUUUCCAAUCCAAACCACUACGUCAAUAUUGCUCGCCAGGCUGCCAAAUUGGCUCGAAGAAAGUUUGGGAUUCGAGCCUUUUUUGUCGAUCAAUUCGAAAAUCCAGCCAACUAUCAGAUGCAUUAUGAUAAUACAGGUCCCGAAAUCUGGCAGCAAUUGCCAACGAUAGAUGCCUUUUGCAUGUCGUCAGGAACUGGUGGCACCAUUGCAGGAGUCGGAACAUAUUUGAAAGAGAAACAAUCAAAAGUCAAAAUCAUGUUGGUAGAUCCUCCUGGAUCGUCACUCUACAACAAGGUGGAACACGGAAUUGCCUAUGCAGUACAGCAAAGUGAAAGGUCGGUUCGCAAACAUCGGUACGACACCUUGGCGGAAGGAAUUGGGUUGGACCGUGUGACACAAAACUUUGAUUGGGGACUAGAUGCUAUGGAUGGGGCCAUUCGGGUUUCCGAUCAAGAGGCUGUCGACAUGGCGCACUAUUUGCUGAAACUAGAAGGCCUGUGGGUUGGAUCGUCAUCCGCCAUGAAUGUUGUGGGUGCUAUUCGGACGGCCAUUGACAUGCCAGAGGGAUCCAACGUGGUAACAAUGAUUUGCGAUGGCGGUCAACGGCAUGCUACUCGAUUCUGGAAUCCAGCAUUCAUUGAGAAGAAUAGAGGAUUGAUCUGGCCAUGGGAGGAGCGAAUACCGGAAUGCUUACAACAAAUGGCUGUUUCCUAA